AUGGCAGUACAGAGCAAAGUCGCAGCUCAACCGCCCAAGCGUUUGACGCCGUUCGGUUACGCGCUCGCGGGAGCCUUGGGUGGUUGCUUUAGCACUGCUGUCGUCUAUCCGCUGGACACGAUCAAGACCCGCAUCCAAGCUGCCGACCAUGACGACGAGGACUCGGACGAAGACAAGGAGGACCUCUCCAUUCUUGGGCUCAUUGCCCAGAUAUCCAAGGAAGAGGGACUCUGGGGUUUCUACCGCGGAUUUGGAGCUACCAUGCUGAAUACCUUCUCCAUGCAAUAUGCGUAUUUCUUCUUCUAUUCUCUUGUCCGCGGCCAGUAUAUGAAGCGGCUGGCUGCACGUACCCAAACCGGAAAGGUCGCGAGCCCUGGCACGGCAGCGGAGCUUCUACUCGGCGCACUAGCUGGCGGACUUGCUCAAAUAUUCACGAUUCCGGUCUCCGUGAUCGCCACACGGCAACAGCUCGGAUCUCAUAGGAGACACCAUCACCAUCACCCUCCAACAUAUGUUGAAAAGGCAGCUGGGGCCGCUACAGAGGCACCUGAAGACGAGUCGUUCCUCGGUGUCGCGCGUGCUAUCAUCAAGGAGGAUGGUAUCACCGGUCUCUGGCUUGGUUUACGGCCCGGUCUUGUUCUCACCGUCAAUCCUGCCAUCACCUACGGCAUGUAUGAACGUGUAAAGGGUAUCGUGCUUCUCGCACGCGCCGUUGCGGGCAAGGGCGACGGAAAACUGGGGCCGUGGUUAUCAUUCUUACUCGGCGCGACGAGCAAGACGCUUGCUACGGUGGUCACCUAUCCAUAUAUUAUGGCGAAGGUCCGGAUACAAUCUGGUACCGCCGAUGAUAUUCCUGGGUUGGACGGCGUGAAGCGGAAACACCAUCAUCCUGGAGCAGUCGAUAUCCUCAUGAGAGUGCUAAAACAUGAAGGUUUCUUGGGAUGGUACCAGGGUAUGGGCGCGCAAGUUCUCAAGGCGGUUUUGGCUCAAGGCGUGCUGUUCAUGUCGAAAGAGAGAUUCGAACAUUGGGCACUCGCGAUCAUGGUGUUGUUCUGGCGUUUACAACAUCGGGCGUGA